AUGCAGGGAGGUAUCAUUCACAACGAUCUCAAUGGUCAUAAUGGUACAAUCCGAGCCGGAGAUGUUCAGUGGUUGACAUCAGGAAGAGGAAUAAUCCAUUCAGAAAUGCCUGAAGAAGAAGUCAACAAUGGUUUACAACUUUGGAUCAAUCUCCCUUCACAUGAUAAAAUGAUCGAGCCGAAAUAUAAGGUACAGUCGAGUUUAGAUAUACCGAGAGCAGAAGAAAAAGGAGUUGAGGUCAAGGUUAUAGCCGGAGAUUCAAUGGGAAUCCAAUCUCUAGUCUACACAAGAACACCAACAACGUUCCUUAACUUUACCCUCAAGCCAGGAUCUCAAACUCACCAGACCGUUCCACAACUAUGGACCGUUUUUGCCUACAUUAUAGAAGGCGAUGAAGGUGUGUUUGGUUCUUUGAACUCUUCCUCUAUAUCGGCGCACCAUGUUGUAGUGUUUGGACCCGGGGAUUUAGUAAACGUAUGGAACAAGUCAACCUCGAGGCCGUUGAUUGGAGGGGACCGAUUGGCGGAGAUCGAUAUGGCUUUUGAGGACUAUCAGAAUGCUAGGAAUGGGUUUGAAAUGGCUAAGUGUUUGAGGUCACAGUAA